AACAGUGAAGAAGAAUAAUGUGACCAAAAUCGAGCAAUAACCAUAAACAACACAGCGAUGGCAAGUAUAGAGCUCGUCUGUCGUGUCAUAUUGUAAUUCGUUCACGUCGAGAAUGAGUCAGAAAUCACUUAAAAUAAUGACUUUGUACCAGACAGAAACAUAACCGAUACUGAGCAGGAAUGUGGAUUAUAUUGUUUGCUAGAUUGGUCAAUGGUCUUAAACGCUUCCUGUCUCCAGUCCCAUGGGUGUCUGAAUUCAGCUGACCAUUCAAGUGGAUGUUCCUUGUGGAUGUUCCUUGUGGGUGUGAUAAUACAGGCAUGGGCCUCGUUAACCUAGUAUUUUGUACCAUUGGAAAAUGUUUCGACGUAGCUUGUUUCCUGCUGGAUUUGAAUUUUUUCAUCGUUCAUUCCCUGAUCCGGCUGUUGGUGGCAUCGGUUUCCUUCUUUCAUCACCUACCCAUGCUACUCACAAACUCUGUGAUGGAGUGCUGGAAUCUCACCCUAGUCUGCUUGUUUACCAUGUCGGAAGGGGUGUCAGUAUUGACUCACAAUGUGGCUGGGGGUGGACAGCAGCUCAUAGGAGGUGUGGUGGAAAGCUGUAAGAUGGUGGGCUACCUUGCCUCCCAUGUACUGCUUCGAACCAGGGAUUUUUUACACCGUGGGCUGCUUUCUGGACACAGUGUACUAAAAAAUGUAUGGGAGGGCUGUGGGAUUGCCCUCAGCCUAGUGCUCUAUUUGGCCAACACUAUUGUAAACUUGCUCCUCAUUGGCACGCAGAAUCUUUACACUGUGCUUGUCAACCUUUGGGAGACAGCUCUCUGUCCCUUACAAAACAUCUUGGAACUGACCUUGGCAGUGUUUAGUUUCCUCUACAGCAGUCUGGUUGGAGCCUCUCUCUUCCUGUGGACACCAUGUCUGUCGGCUGUGGAGUUUCUGGCUUCUCUCUGCCACAUCUUCGUCAGCAUUUUCUUGUUGAAUUUCUACGGUCUGUUGUUCACGGUGGCCGUUGUAGCCAGCGCUACGAUCUACAUGAACCCCGGGCUGUCCAGAAGGCAAGCUAACCGCCUCGCCCACUACAUGAACACGGUUCCCUCUCUUCGUCAUCUUCAGGGGGUUCUCCGUCGCUGGUAUGUGCUGGAGAGGAAUCUGCGGCAGAGGUUGGUGUGGGGGGGCAGCCGCAUCCGUUUUGGCACACCGGCAGUGCGGACUGACGGGGAUGGCGACGCAGGGCAGCCAGAGAUAAUAUUGGAGCAGCGAGCGCCUGGUGGAAACACCGCAGAUGGUGACAUACUGCCAGCGCAAGACCUCGCACACCAGCCUCAAGCCCCGCCGCCGCCGCCACAGCCAGCUGCUCAUUCCUCAGAGCGCCUCCUGCCGAGCUCCAGCACGUGCAGGCCGCUGCAGACGGCGGCCACGAAGGAGGGCGGCAGCAGCAAGCCGCCGAGUCCUCCGCUCGACUCCAGCCUCCUCACCCUGCUGCAGGAGCAGGAGGAGCGGAAAAAGUGUGUCAUCUGCCAGGACAGCUUCAAGACAGUCGUGCUCCUCCCCUGCCGCCACCUCUGCCUGUGCCGCAACUGCACGGACAUUCUGCAAAGCCAGCCUGUGUACCAGCGCAACUGCCCGCUCUGCAGACACAUGAUCUUCCAGACAAUGGACGUGUAUCUCUGAUGGACCAAUGGUUUCAUCAGCUUUGCUUUGUGUUCAGUAACGCCAAACAAGAUAUCGUUGUUGAGAGUUUUCUAGGGUGUCAAGUAGGAAUCUCAGGCUAACAGCUGAUAGUGCAGGGUUUGGUGAAGAGGGAUUUCACACUGUGGAUUGUUUGCACACCGUUCUUGGCCUCUCUGCACUGUCACUAUGAGUACUCUCUUAUCUGAAACCAAACUGCAAACAAACAAGAAAAAAACAUAUGGCUCAACAUUCAAUAUCUGAAUCUAGCCUACAUAUUUUGUACCCAUUAUAAUACUUCCAAUAGUUUUAUAAUCCACCAUGCUGUUUUUUUUUGUUUAAACAUUCUGAUUUUCAUGUCACAUGAACGGGUUGACAGAAUUUUGAGAAGGAUUCCGUAUACUUCUGAUAACUGUGCUGUUUCUUAAUUUUCACACACUAGGUAACACAACUAUUGUGUAGAUUGAUGCAACACUUUUCCAUGUAUUUACCUUUAUAAUGCUGAACAGUAUUCUUACAUUCUUUAAACAAAAAGAAUAUGAAAAGGGUUGUUGAUAUGAAUAUGAAUAUGAGAGUGGACCUGUUUAACCGUUUUAAUUUGCCUUAAGAUGUGACAAGUAGACAAAGAGACAUGCUAUCAUGUAGCCUAUGGCCUAGCAGUAGUCUUCUGUAGUUCUUUUAACUACUAAUGUAAAUUCCAGAAAUUUGAAGUUCGUGGUUUGCCUACUCAGCAACAACACUGGUCUUAUUUUAAAUGAUCGUGGGCAGCCUCAGUUUACAUUCCGUUGCAAGAGACAAAAUGAAGCAAACACGUUUUUUCAUUGUUUGCCUGUCUUGUAUACCUGAGAGAAUUUUUUGACAUUUUGAGGUGAUCAAAAAAUGUAAGCUGUGAGAAAUCCAUGCUUCUAACACUUGUGUAACCACUCUCUAGUGCUCAAUAACAUAAUCCUGAAUCUUCUUGAGGUAGGGCUUAAUUGUCAAAAAGAAUUGCUAAUUUCUUGCACAGUGCCUUGACAUGGUCAGACAUAUGAGAGGGAUCUGUAUUUUAAGUUAUUCAUAAUCUUGUAUCUAUCUGGUGGUGAUCAGAAGGAUGGAUUCAUAAAAAUAAAAUAAAAAAAAGAUCAGAGGUGUAUUUUCAUAAGUUUGUUUUUCAUGUUUGACUGUUGUCAGGGGUGUUGGAUACAGCUAUGAUCCAUUGAUGUAUUUUUUUUGUAUUAAUAAGGUAUGUGGAUGAUGAGAAUGUAUGUGAUGUUAAGACACUCAAUAAAACAUGUCAAUCAUA